CUCACCGCCAUGUGAGGCGAGGCUGGGAGAACUACGAGUCCCGGCACGCCUUGCGGCAAGGGCCACGUGCAUGCGCGAUGCGCUGCGGAGGUCGCCCCGUUUGUCAACAAGGCGCGGCGCUGAUGGCGGAGGCGCUUUCAAAGGCACACAGGCGUGCCGACCUGACUUGGCGAGAAUUCUGAAUGAUGCAGAAGACGCCUAAGAGAAACAAGCAGUCGCUGACUUGUGGCGAACCGACGCUUCUCCCUCCUGACAAGAAGAGGAGAGGAGCUCCGGCUGACUUCGUGGCGCUCCUGCCUCCCGAAGUCAGCAUGCGGAUCUUCAGCUCCCUCGAUCCCCUCAGCCUGUGCAGCGCUGCCAUGACGUGCAGGCGCUGGCGGCUCGCCAUUGACAGCAACGACUGGCUGUGGAAAAAACACUGCUUAACGGUGAGGGCUGUCUGCCAGCGGGAGAUCGAUGGCGACAGGGGAAGUGGAUAUUCGUGGAAGAUCACAUUACUAAGAAACUACUGGAAAAGCAAAGUAAAACAAGAAUGGCUCAGUGGGAAAUACAGUAACAUUCACUCACAAAACAACUUGCCAGAGAAAAGUAUGUAUCCGAUGGAUGUUGACACAUGGGGAGAAAUCCUGGAAGCAGAACUAGAGAGAUGAGAAACCAGCACUGCUACUUGCAACUCAAGAACCUUGGACAACACGUGGACACCACUGCUGCUUGCAACUCAAGAACCUUACAUCAACAAAUGGACUGCCAGCCUGUAAAUAUUUUGCUGUUUAAAUUAGUCAUAUUUGCAAACAUACAAAGAAAGCUUCACAGAAAAAAAAAAAACAUGCAAAUAACUUUUUACUUGCACUUUAUCAGAUUGACUGAUACAAAAAGUAAAAUUCUAAGUAAGACUCAUAGUCUUAUUCAGUAUUCAGUAGUAAUUUCAUAUUUGUAAAUUUAAUCUUCUGUAUUAUAUAAGGACGUUGAUUUACUUUCAAUUUGCACUUUUUUAAAAAGACUUGUAAAAAAAAAAAAAGAGUUUGAUUCAGUGUGUAUUAGCAGCAUGAUGUGGGAGUUCACCAAGGGAGGCCAGGCAAGGACAAAUGCAGACAUUGGAAAGAAGAGGACGAGACAGCCACCUAGUGGCUCAACAUGCCAACAUCCGCCUCAAGGGACAGAGCCUGCACAUCUGGAGGUGCUGUGCUGAGCAGCACUGCAUUUCUACUGCCCAGCUCUGGGACUUGUGAAUGAGAACUCACACA